AGUUUUUGCGAGUGGAUGGAGCGUACAGCUCAGACGUUUGAAAUAUUCUUCUGCUUUCGUCUUUCGAAUGGUUUGUGUGGACAUUGAAUGGUAGAGUUAUUAGUAGCUGCUCUAUGACUCCUUCGGAGAACAACUUUCUUUUCGCGUUACGUCUGGAACUACAUGUUUUCAGUACCAACACAAAAGAACAAAGCCGUUCUAUUCUUCUCCUUCCAGCCCUCUCAAGCAGGCUAAGGUUCCUGACACACAGUGAAGUUGCUAAUUGUACCGAUUGUAAGCUUGCUACUCAGUCAUUCGGUACCGGAGUGCAACGGCGAACUGCAGUAUACUGGAAGUGUGCCGGAGCACAAAUCCGAGCACGUUUGGAAAUGGCAGAUGACAACGGUGCUGCCAACACCAGUCCUGCAACUUCGACUAUUGGUGGAUCCACGUGCGGUGGCAAUGAAAGGGAAAGACGACCAUGUAGAUCCGGUGCUCAAGUGUACGUGCCACCUGCUCGACGGUCUAGCGCACAGUCCGCACAGCCCGCAAAGUCUCGGCCUGAGCAGGCAUUGUAUGUACCGCCUGCUCGGCACUCCUCUACUCGAAACGGUGACCGUCAGCAGGAUCCAGAAGUCACCACACCAUCAGCGACGUCACCUUCAGGUAGAGAAAGGCCUAAUGGAAGGCACAAUAGAAGACGUAAAAAGGAGUCAAGUAGCACAGCAAUAGAUCAAGAUGCAGACAUUGCAGCAGCACCAGUAGCGGCUGCACCCGCAGAUAGAAGAACUCGCAGGCACAAACCGCGCUCUAGCGCCGAUAGAAAUGCGUCUACCACCCCUGUCUCAACUGCAAGUGCUCACUCAUCAUCCUCACUUUAUGUAGAUGUCGCAGACACAACGGUAGGCGCAGACACAACGGUAGUCGCAGACACAACGGUAGUCGCAGACACAACGGUAGUCGCAGACACAACGGUAACUGAGCAGCAAGUUGGUGAUGAACCCCCACCAGCUUGUUCUCUUGAUGUUGAUGUGCCACUAGAUUUAUCAAAUAGUCAAUCACGUCACGUGGCAAAAGAGCAAACCAGCAUAGCCUCCACUGCAGUUGUUGCAAAGGCUACAGCAUCCGCUGAUGAAGAGCAUCGGACUAAGAAACGAACCAAAACACCGUCUAAGCGCAAUGCACAGGGAGCUAGCAAGUGCGCGCCUCAUCCAGAGGCAGACAUGUUGAAAGAGGAAGGCUUGCACAAGACACGCUGGCGGAAUGGAAAGAAGGAGUUGAUUGCUGAUAAAGAUGUGUCCACCACCCCUGUUCUAGAUGCAAGUACUCACUCAUCAUCACCUAAUGAAGACAAAGUCGCGGUAGUCACAGAAACAGAGGUAAUCGAGCAGCAGGCUGGUGAUGAACUCCAACCAGUUUCUUCUUGUCAUGACGUUGACCUGCCGGCAGGUCUGUUAACGUGUGAAUCACAUCAUGUGGCAACAGAGCACACCAGCAUAGCCUCCACUGCAGUUGAGACAGAGACUACAGCAUCCGCUGAUGAAGAGCACCCGACUAUGACACAAACCGAGACACCGUCUGAGUGCACUGCACAAGGAGCUAGUAAGUGCGCGCCUCAUCCAGAGGCAGACAUUUUGAAAGAGGAAGAUUUGCACAAACCACAACAGCGGAUUGGGAAGAAGGAGUUAAUUGCUGAUAAGAGUGCGUCUACCACCCCUGCCGUAGAUGCAAGUACUCACUCAUCAUCACCUAAUGAAGACAAAGUCGCGGCAGUCACAGAAACGGAGGUAAUCGAGCAGCAGGCUGGCGAUGAACUCCAACCAGGUUCUUCUUGUCAUGACGUUGACCUGCCAAUAGGGUUAUUGACUGGUGAAUCACAUCACGUGGCAAAAGAGCAAAUCAGCGUAGCCUCCACUUCAGUUGAGACAGAGACUACAGCAUCCGCUGAUGGAGAGCACCCGUCUAUGACACAAACCAAGACACCAUCGGAGUGCACUGUAAAGGGAUCUAGUAAAUGUACGCCUCAUCCAGAGGCAGAAAUGUUGAAAGAGGAGGGUUUGCACAAGACACGACGGCGGAAUGGAAAGAAGAGAUCAAGCGGCAGCGUUGCUGAAAAGCCACUGAGUCCGUUGGCUGAAAACCUCCAGCAAGAAGUCCAUGCUGCUAAGGAGUCAAGUCCUGCUGCUGAGUGCACUGAUGCCAGUGAUGUGGCUAAACCAUCUGUCACAGAAGGUGUGGAUGCUGCAAGCACAUCACCGGAAUGUCAGCCGGCUGCCUCUGCAACUAAAAAGAAGAAGAAAAAGAAGAAGGCCAAAGUGAAGGCAGUAGUUCCUGCGGCUGAGCCUGUAGAUGACUGGGAAUCGGCUUCUGUAGAACAGCUCAUGAGUGCAUUGGAUCUGCAAGGCAGUGUCGAGCCCAUUCAUGUCCACCUUCCCAAGAGUGAUUUAGUGGAGGCUAGUGCAGUCCAAGAGCCGGACUACGACACUGAUGACUUUGGACAUGUCGUGGAGGUGUACGACUUUGACGUCAGUUUCAAAACACAGCACAUCACCACGGCCAUGGCAUCUGCAUCGUACACGAAUGAAUUUCAACUCCGCUGGGUGGACGACACACAUUGCUUAGUUGCCUUCUCCUCACAGCAAGCAGCUCGAGAAGUACUGGUGUCUGCCGUCAAUGGCAUAUGUGGUGUGAGAGCGCGUCCACUAUCACAGGCAUGUGCAGCAUCCAGAGACAAAGCAGCAGCAUCACCUGACUUCAUAAAUUCGAGUUUUGGCCCGCGGCCGGAGAAGACAGCAGCAGUUGCCCGCCGUCUGAUCUCCGGUGCUCUAGGCGUGCGUGUUCCUGUUUCCAAGGAAGAUCGGGAGAAGGAGAGGCAGGCGCUGCACGAUGCAAGAGAGAGAAAAAGGGACCAUGCGAAGAGGAAAGCUGACAUCUGGGGUGACGAUGAAACAGACCUGGCCACGUAGCUGCCAUGUUUGCCGCGAUACCGUUAUCUCGAAAUGUGCAACAUGCUCCCGUCACUGUGAUGUCACUAUGAUGUGAUUAGGAAUGCAUGGCUGCCAACCCUGUAACGUUUAUCGUUGAACAAGCUAGUGUUUGGACAGUGAAGAAGGCUGCGUGCUGCAGCUGCCAUGCUCAUACCCAUGUGCUCUCCAGUGAAGUAUGGCUCUCAUCGAUUUGAUUUUAUGCACGGAAGAUGUUGCUCUUUGUUGCAUGUGUGGCCAUCUGUGUCCUUGUAAAUACUGUAGUGUAAUUCUGCGCAUUGAUGAAAUGCAUGACUAAUAUGGUACCAUGUACACUAGAGUUAUUUGUACAUGAGUCAUUUCCUGUAUAUACUAAGUUACUAACUUGCUGAAUCUGUAAAUAGUUGCUAUGCACAUAGAUUGGCCGCAUUCAGACCUAACUCUUGCAUUACUCUCAUUAUGUAACACGCAUUCCUUUUCUACCGUAUCUUUCUGCCGGUCUUCUGCGAUAUUUCAUGCAGAUGGAAUCAUGAUGGAAUCCUGAUCAUUUGAAUCCCAAGUUGCAGGGGAACCAUUCUA